UGGAACACAUCUCUAAUCUCAAACUCAGAAUACUUCACAAUUGCAAAAUAAACGUUUUAUUGAACGUGGCCAUUGCUGUAUCCGCGGUAGUUGAGAAGUAACGAUACGCUCACCAAUGUGUGCGGCUGUGCAAUUCGCUUGUCAAUUCAUGUUUAAAGUGUCAUUUAAAAAAAGGGCGCAGCGAGCAUAGCACACGAGAUUCCCACAUUAGCGGAGGAUCUACCAUUUCGUUAGAUCAUCAACCGCCGUAGCUGCAAACCAUCGUCGGUUUCUGCUGUAUCUGGGCCCUUUGACAGUUGUCAAUCGUACAUCCGUCCGUGCUCUGCCAUGAACAAAGCGACUCGCGCAGCGUCUCGUCGCGUCGGGAACGAAGUUGGAAACAUAGCUAAAGUAAGCCAGAGACUUGGUGCAAACAAAGAUAUAAUUUUACAAAGUAAUACAACAGUGAAGAAUCAGAAGAAACUUGAUACUGUCAAAAGAUUAUCCAACAAAUAUCUUUUCAAAACACAAUCUGCAUCAGAAACAUGUAAAUCUCUUAUAGACAAAGCAUAUACUUGUAGACAAGUUUCAAAUACAGCUGUUAUGAAAGAAAAAAGUUCUGCGACACCUAGGCAUUACUUCUUUGGAAAUGCACGAAUUCCAAAAUGCAUUCAAACAAAUAAUAAAAGUAUCUCUGAUAUAGAAGAAUUCAAAACUGAUGAAACACCAGUGGCAGUUCCAAAUCAUGGACCAUCUACGCCACAUAGAAUUAAUAUGCCGUUGGUGUUAGAUGAUGAAGAAGCUAUGAUCAUGACUAAGGAAAAGCAACCUAUGAUGGUAACAUUGCGUAGCCCAUUGCAGGUUAUAAAAAAGCCUGCUUUGCGUGGCCGUAAGAAGGGAGUCGCUAAUCAGUUACCGAAUCAUUUACCAAAACCAGUAAGUGUUGAUAGUAAAAAUCAUUCGAUUACUGAUUACUUUCCGGUGCGUCGCAGCGUCAGGAAGUGUAAGAAAGCUGUAUUAGAAGAGAAACAGCGCGAUAUAGAGAAUAAAGUAGUCUGUCAGGUGGAAGAAGGUUUAGAGGUCAGACACUUCGCAGGUAAAGGUCGUGGUGUUAUAACUACGCGAGAAUUCUCCAAAGGCGAGUAUGUGGUAGAAUAUAUCGGCGAGUUAAUUAGUCAAGCAGAGGCGAAGUUACGUGAAGAAGAGUAUGCACAAGACCAGAACACCGGAUGUUACAUGUAUUACUUUCAACACCGUAAUCAACAGUAUUGCGUCGAUGCGACAGCGGAGACGGACAAACUGGGUAGAUUAGUCAAUCACUCAAGAAACGGCAACUUAAUCGCACGGAUUAUCGAAGUCGGCUCCAUACCGCACUUGGUACUCACAGCGAAGGAAGAUAUACCGAUCGGCGUCGAGGUCACGUACGAUUACGGAGAUCGAAGUCGCGAAUCUAUUCGUCAUUAUCCAUGGCUAGCGUUAUAGCAUAUUUUCAAUUCAUUAUUUACAUGACAUUGCUGUACAUUGUACAUAAAAAAUUCACUCCCGUUCCUCCUAUGAAGGGACGUAGCGUGUUCUCUCUAUUAUAUAGAAAUUUGUCUUCUAAGUGAAGUGGAGGCAAAUGAUUGCACAAACUUCUACACUAAAGAAUGGAAAUGCUAUGUGUUUUAUAUAUUUCCGUAAUAGAAAUAAUUCUAAUUACUUUACGAGGAGCUGAUGAGGGAAUUGGGAUUAAUUCUGACGGAGUGUUUAAAAAUUAAUUUAUUUGAUUAAUUGUAAAUUUGUGUAUACCGAAUUGUUGUGUAUACCGUGCUUGUAUCGUAAGCAAAAUUUUUAUAUUAAGAUGAAUAGCUUUCUCAGUGUCACACGACAUUGUAUUAGGAUCAUCUAUAACGGUAUUUAAUUAAUUUUUCCUGUCAAUGGGUUUUGUUUUGUGCUGCAGUUACAUUCUUAACAUGAUACAGUAUUACCGCUUGAAUUGGAACUUUUAGAGCUAAUAUUUGAAUCAUAUAAUUUGUAAUAAUUGUAAUGAAAUAGUAAAAAUUGUAUCAUUUAGGGCUGAUUUUCACCAAACUCCAAUUAAGCUAAUCGACGAUUUCAAAUUGUUGUCAGUCAAAUGUUGCUCUAUCUUGCUAAUACAACCAGAGAUAAUUAACUUUUCGAUUAUUAUAUUGAAAGAGACGAGUUAUAAAACUGAAAAUUAGUACUGGCAAUUAUUAUUAUUUAUCGAUUAGCUUAAUCAGAAUUUGGUGAAAGUUACCCUUAGUCCAAUAAUGACUAAGUUUGAAUUUCCAUGUGUUAUACCAAGAAUUUAUAAUCAAAGCGUUUGUGAUGCGUACUGAUAUAACUACGAAUAUAAUAUAUGUCUUUAAAAAUAAGGUAUAAAUGUGUAGGGUAGGUGUAAUCGGUGUGAUUAUCAGAUAAAACAAAGAUUUUCCAUUGAAGUAUUUGCAUAAUGUAUGUACGUUAGCUUUGAAUUUUUUUAUUUCUUCACUGCCACGCGAAUAUCGAUUGGAUGUGGGAUUGCAUGAAUCUCGAGAAACAAAUUGUAUAAUGUACGUGCGUGCGUGCAUGCGUGCGUGAGCGCGCACGCGCGCGUAUGUAUGUAUGACAUGUACGAAUGGUAUUUUCCCGAUUGUUUAUAUUUGUCUCCCGCUAUAAAAUAACAACUAAGCUGCAGACAAGUAUUGUAUCGUCUUUAUAUUUAUUUUUCUUAAUAACUAUUUAUAGCAUUAAUACACAUUAUUAUUAUUAUUUAACAUUAAUUAUUCAUAUAUUUCAACACAUUGCCAUUAAUUCAAACGCUGCCACUUGUAAGCCUACUUCUUCUAAGGAUGUAUGAUAUAUCAAGUAUAACCACGAUUUUUCCCAUUCCUAUUUUAAACUUUUACUUUAAAUAUAGAGGUUUAAGAUGACGAAAAAAUGCAGUAUUUAUGCUGUAGAUAAAUUAUUUGUUAACCAUGUUUAUGUACUUUUACUACACCUGAGAUUUUUGUUUUUUGCACAUAUAUAUGAUAUGAAAUAGAGAUCAUUUAGAACUCUUCGUUUAAAUAGAAUUACAUAUAUUUUCCGAGGUUCACUAUUAUAGUAACUUUUAGCAUAUGUCAAUUUUUUUGUGAAUGAUGAUUAUAUUGGUACAAUGACGUUGUUGCAGUCAAGAUCUGAUUUUUGUUCUAUAAAAAAAAAUAUAUAUACAAGGUGGGCCAUUUUAAUCGACCCAGUCGAAUAUUUCGAAAACCAAG